CGUUUAUUUUACGCUUUACUUCUUCGUAGCAACACAACUUUGGGCAGCCAGUUUAACCCGACUUAGCUUCUAAGCUAAGACGUCUGCCAAGCUGAGUCACCUUCUCAACCAGUUUACCUUUUUUUUUGUUGUUGUUUUAUUGUGCCACUUUGUCGAAAAAAAGACGGAAAAUGCGUGUCCACCAGCUGCACAGCACUAGCACUGGAUUUACAGACAGAUGUUAUGAUGACCUGUAUCCUGGACACAUCCACACCACUCCCAUCCAGAAAGCCCUGUUGGCCGUUGGGUCAGGUGUGGCUGCACUACAAAAUCCCUACAGACAUGACAUGGUCGCGGUGCUCGGGGAGACGACAGGACACCUAGCCUUGCUAAAUCUCAGAGACAGGAUGAGAAACGAUCCUGAAGGCUACACUGUCCUUACAGAAAGGCCCAGGAUCCGUCUGUCUACGCUUGAUCUGAGCAAGAUGGCCUCCCUGCCUGACGGCUCCUUUGGGAGAGAAUACCUCAGGUUUCUGGAGGACAAUCACGUGACCCCGGACUCAAGAGCAGACGUGAAGUUUGUGGACAAUGAGGAGCUUGCUUACAUCAUGCAGAGAUACAGAGAGGUCCAUGAUUUGUUGCACACCUUGCUGGGCAUGCCCACCAACAUGCUGGGUGAGGUGGCAGUAAAAUGGUUCGAAGCCGCUCAGACCGGGCUUCCCAUGUGUGCUCUUGGGGCUGUGUUGGGGCCACUUCGACUGAAUGCACGACGUUUACAGUCAUUGUUCACUUCCUUGGGCCCAUGGGCUCUGCAGAACGGUCGGCGGUCCCGAUGUAUCCUCAGCAUCUUCUACGAGAGACGUUGGGAGCAGAGCGUCGAAGACCUCCGACAAGAGCUCAAUAUAGAGCCGCCUCCUAUCACACUCAGUGCUACUAACAAGAAAAGCACGAAAAAAUAUGAAUAAUCCAGGAAUCACUGGACAAAAGACUUUUAAUAGUGGACAAACUAGAAAUAUUUGAAGUGAUACUGUGGAAAGGAGAAGGAUGUUCAGGGAAGUUUCACACUCGACACACUUUGGAUUGUCCCUUCUUACAUACAGAACGUGUCUUCCUUGAUGUUAUGUCAUGGCUUUUAUUUUGAAAUGUAGACGGCAGAGCUGGUUCACGCUCAGUCACCAUGUGACAAAGUGUAUAUUUGUAUCAAAGACAAAUAAAUGUAUAAAACUGAAUUACAUUUGUACUUUGUACAAAAAUAUUUCUGUCGUUUGUUAAAAUGGUAUGUUUGUGGCUGUUUAUGUUUCUAAUUUAUCACAGCUGCAAAAUUGUUGAGACAUGAUAUCAUGUACUCGUGCUCUGCAGUUAUACUAACACUCAUGAGAGGGGAAAGUAGCAGGUGUUGCAGUGCAGCUGCUUCAGUUAUCCUUUGACUCACUGUUUCAUCACUUACUGUGCUCUGAUCAAUCUAUGCGUUCUCCUUUUUACUGUAAUACACAGUUGACAUGUGUGUGAUAAGCAAACCUCACGUCAAGAAAUUACCUUUUGCCUUUUCAAAUUUCAAUGUUUAAUUUCACAGCUCAGAAAACAAAGAUAACAAAGUGUCAUGUUUGUUGAAGCUUUCUGUUAAACUCUGUAUCACAGCUGUCGUACAUUUAGUCCACAUUUUAGGAGGGGAAGAUAACCCAUGAUCUGACUUGUAAAGCAGUGUGCAAAUGAGAGUUACAUGUGUCACCUCUUACCCUCAGCUAUUUAUUGUUGUCCUUUUGUAUCUGUUAAGUUAUUUUUACAGACAUCGGAGCUGAGUCUAAAAAAGUUGAUAACAGAGUGACUGGCUGGGUUGGCAAAGAUGUUUCUACAGUGUCUGUGUUGAAAUAGAUGGCAUGUUUGGGCUGUUACACUUUUACAACAGUGUAAUCACAAGAAACAAUUUGGGAUUGCAUUAUUCUUGAAUAUCCACAACUUAAACAUGUCCAUCCUGGAAUAAAUUAAAUAAAUGAAUUCUCCUAAGAA